AUUUUGGUUUCUUUCAUUCUUAAGUCUCUCUUUCUCUCUUCUUUUCAUCAAGAACUCUCCUCUCUCUCUCUCUCUCGCUCUCUCUCCGAGCUUGAAAAACGAUCAAGAUGGAAAUGGAGUCAUGUGUUCCUCCAGGAUUUAGAUUUCAUCCAACAGAGGAAGAACUUGUUGGAUAUUACCUCAAGAGAAAGAUUAACUCCCUCAAGAUUGAUCUUGAUGUCAUCACAGAUAUUGAUCUCUAUAAAAUGGAGCCAUGGGACAUCCAAGAUAGGUGUAAACUGGGAUAUGAAGAACAAAGUGAGUGGUAUUUUUUCAGCCACAAGGACAGGAAAUAUCCUACAGGAACUCGGACGAAUCGAGCGACAGGUGCGGGAUUCUGGAAGGCAACAGGAAGGGAUAAAGCAGUGUUAUCAAAGGAGAAGAUAAUAGGGAUGAGAAAGACACUUGUUUUCUAUAGAGGAAGAGCUCCUAAUGGAAGGAAAAGUGAUUGGAUCAUGCAUGAAUAUCGUCUUCAAACUUCCCAACAUGGACCUCCUCAGGAAGAAGGAUGGGUGGUUUGCAGGGCAUUCAAGAAGCCAAGUCCAGCAAACAACAAGCCAAGUUUAGAAUCAUGGAACAAUAUUGCUUAUAAUAAUUAUAUGAGAGGAACCAACACAAGUUAUAAUAGUAGACCACCUCCCUCCCUUUUACAAAUGCCAAGUUAUAAUAAUCCUCUCAAUGCAUUCAACCAAACAUCAAAUUUCAAUCAUCAAUUUCCUUUUAAUCAUCAAUUAGUCUUAAGCCAAAAUAUUGGCUAUGAGAACAAUGAACUAGCAAUUGAACUCCCACAACUUGAUAGCCCCACCCUUUCAACAAGUUUUGCUACAAAAGAUCAUCAAGGCCAAGAUUCCAUAGCUAGCAACAAUGAAGAUCAAGAGAAGAAUAGUUAUGGCCAAUUUUGUGAUGACUGGAAUAUCGAUGACAAGUUAUUUGCACCACAAGUCAUCAUGAAUAUGGAGGCACCAUCUUCUUCUUCUUAUUCUUUCCCUAAUCUUCCAUUAGCCGACAAUGAUCAAAAUCAUAUGACCCAAUUGCUUCAGUGCUACCCUGAUUUAUAGAUGAAAAUCUUCUAUGAUCAGUUAUAGUUUUUGUACCUUUUUAAUUGAAACAAAAGAAAAAGUUUGUGAAAAGGUGGAACAUAAAUAUAUAAUGAACUGUUGACGGUGCAAGGCACGUUAAAAAAGUGGCCUUUGAAUUUUUUUUAUUGU